GCUGUUUCCAAAUUGACCACGUAGGCUGGCGCACUGUCCAGGUGGCAGCUUCAACCGUCUCGCCCGCCUUUGCCAAGGUGUUGCUCUGCUUGAGCGGAGGUCCGAGGGCCACCAUGGAUGCCGCAUGCCCAUGUCGAGCUGGAUGUGCAAGCCGAUUAAAAGGUCCUCGCGCUGCGGGGUUCCCAUGCACAGUGUCUGAACUAUGAGCGCAAACCUGCUUUGCAUGUGAAACUUUUGCGUAAAUUUUGAGCAGUCUUCAGCAAAGACAAGCUGGAAAGAAACUUCGAGCAAUCGGAGAGCUCUGCGAACUUCGUCCUGUUGGUGCUGCAAGCUACCGUUUACUCGUUCAAUGAAGAGGUAGAGACGGAUCCUGUAGCUGCUUGAGGAGUUGGCUGUGUUUUACCUUCAAGAGAAGAAGAGUGCCGGAUCAGAGAUCUGAGCAAGGUCCUCGCUGAAGCAUGCAAUUGCCAGAUUGCAAAGAUCAAUAACAACGACUUCAAAGUGCUUAGAAAGUCGAUCCUGAGCUGCCAUGGAGGCGUGUGCCUCAGCCCGCACAGGAGCGUUCGCUCCCACUCAUUGGACUUCCAGCUGGAGAACUAGUGGUGGUACAGUCCGCCGCAAUCAAACCCGUGGUGGACGGCCAGUAUCUGGACUGCCCACUUUCUGGUCUGGUACACCCUUGUACACGCGAACCAGCUUCUUGGGUCGGUGCCAGAACCAGCAAGAUGAGCGGCAAAGCUGCCGGCAGCCAACGCGGGGUGUGCGCUGCCAGGCGGUGGAGCAUGCCCAGAUGAGCAAGGUGUUUGCCAGACAAGCAAAGCCGGCCAGCGGGGCCGUGCAGACAGCGGGGCAGGGCACAAUUGAGAUCAAGGGGCGUAGAGGCGCGCAGGAGCGGGUAAAAAGCGAGGCCGACGCUGUCAACGAAGAGAGGUUAGAUGCCCUUUCAGCCACUCUGCGAGGGGCUCUGGCUGCAGCUGUCCUGAACGGGGGAGAUAACCUCCAUAUGGUGGCAGCCUCCAUCGUGGCCCUCACCCUGGCCUCUGUUCCCCCUCAGCAGCUGGGCACUUUCAUCAUGCAACUAGGAGACUCCACCGUCCUGCCUUCCCAACAACAAAUUGAAAAGCUGCUCAGACGCAUCGACCACGCUCUGCGCAGCUCCGCCUCCGGCCGCUCCAACCUGUUACAGCUCAAGGAGGCCGUGCGCCUGCUCCAGCAGAGCAGCGCCGCGCCAUCCUCGCAAGUCUCGCACCUCCUCAAGGCGGCCGGAGACACCGCCUCCGCCCUCGGCACUUCUGCUGCAUCCAGCCUUAGCCGGAGCCUUAGCGGCGCCUCUGCGAUUGGCUCCUCGGCUGCAGAAGGCGUGGCACGUGGCUUCGCUGACGUGGCGCGCAAGGUGGCCGAGGUGGUCAUUCAGUCGGACGACGGGCUCAAGGUGUCCUUCGCCAUGGACAUCGACAUGACGUCACCUAAGGCGCCCACUGCAGAAAAAGUUGGUGCGUUUGGGCCGCAGGCGGGUGAAGACGUCUUCGCGAUGCUGCAGUCGGCAGUAACGGCGCAGCGCACAGCUAAGGCCGCCAAGAAGGGCUUCAAGGUGCUGUCGGAAGACGACGGCCGGGUGGGCCGGAAGGAGCCCGUGGUGUACGUGCCGCUCGAGCUGGCGGCCAACGUGACUGACAGCAAGCCCGUCCAGGUGCAGGUGUACGGUCAGACGUUGGUACUGUGGCGCCCCCGCCCCGGCGAGGUGGCUGCCAUGUCGGACGUGUGCCCGCACCGCGGCGCGUCGCUGGCCAUGGGCUCGCUUGUGGGCACCACCGGCAAGGACGGCCGCGGCAAGUGCGUCAAGUGCCCCUACCACGGCCUCGAGUUCGACGCCGCGGGGACGUGCCAGAAGAAGAACAUCCACCUCGACCCCAUCAAGAUUGUGGAGGCCAACGGCGUUAUCUGGAUGGAGGAGAAGGCCCCGGCGACGGGCGUGAUCGACGUGGAGGCCAUGGAGAUGCCCCCCCUGCUGCGCUCCGUCAUGGAGUCGCUGGCCCCCGAGCCACGUGACCCCCCCGCGAGCGCUAUCCCCGCCGUCCCCCGCACCCUGCUCCGCCCCAAGCGCAGCAACGCGCCCGCGGCCGCGCUCGACGCCCCGCCCGCCACCCCGCUCCCUCAGGCCGAAGUACCCGAUGACGUUAUGCGCGCGCGCGCGGAGGCGCUCUCGGACGCUCGGCCGAGGAGCGACGUGGAGGUGCUGGAUGGGCCGGCUCUGGCCGCCGGAAAGAGUGACGGUGCCGAGGAGGGCCACGUGGAGGUCGCGCUGGUGACGGAGGAUGACACACCCGAGGAGCCCAACGCGGGGCUGCCCUUCAACGAACACUUCCUGGACCCCCACUACUCGCAGCUGGGCGGGACGGUGGACAUUGAGAGCGCGCCCCGCGCGGUGGUGGACAACACGUUCGACCUGCACCACAUGAUGUACGUGCACGCCUCCAGCUUCGGCGGCGGCGAGCUCAUCCGCACGUGGAAGCCGGACCCGCUCACCAUCUGCUUCGAGUACGGCAUGAACCAGCGGAGCAACCCGUUCAGCAAGUUCUUCGGCGACGGCCGCGUGCUGGUCACCAUGCAGCGGUCGCCCCCUUACAGCGCCAUGGUCACCGUGGGCGACCCCAGCGGGGCUGUCGUGCUCAAGACGCUGACGCACGUCGUGCCCAUCUCCUCCACCAAGUCCAAGCUCGUAUGGCAGCUGCUGCGCAACUUCGGGCGGCCGUCGUUCAUGGACUUCUUCUUCCGGCAAGCGGUAAAGCAGAUUCUGGCGGAGGACAAGGCCGUGCUGGAGGGCGUCAACCUGCACGGUGUGCGUAAGGGCAUGGACCUCGGCAUCUAGAGCGGGCACAAAACGGGGCGCACGCAAAUUGCUGGGGGCUGUCAGCAUAUUGGAAAGGUGUAAGACCGACGAGAGGUUUGACGAACGUCCAUUUGGUCGCAGCUCGCGUGAGGUUCGCAUAUACAUGUACUGUGUUUGAUAAACGGACGACUGACAUGUAGACAUAUGUAGGAUUAGUUGCUCGCGCGCUGCAAAGAUUCGUGUAUUCAAAUACUGAUGUUGUAGAUAGCAUUUCGUGCGUGACGAUUUUGUGUGAAGAAGCAGCGUUUGCUGUUACGUGUGCAUAGAAACAGUUGAAGCUGACUGCGUGGCAUGUGUAGAGUUUGCGAUUGGAUAUGGUAGACGAAAGAUAGUACUAACAAAGGUACGUAGAUUAGUCUUACAAGGGUAGUGCAUAGACAUACCUGACUCGUACUUGACCUGUCAAAGGAAUGUAGAUAAUUCACUCGUGUAAAGAUUGUAGCUUCGACUUUACGAACUAAUCUGCUAUAUUUUUAUAGCGAAUUGCAAUACCACGGUUUGAUCUUCU